UGGGAGCAGGUUCCUCAGCUUAUACUGUUUAGUCAAUAGAGACCAGGUGUUUGCUCUUCUCUGCGGUUCUACUUUACAGGAUACGUUUUUCAUUUUUACCCUUUUUUUUCUAUGGGACUGUGACUUUUUACUAGAAGACUUUCUUUUUAUUUGAACUGACUUUUGCAUCACUGAGAGGAGCAGAGCCUUCUGUUGCCACACUGCCAGUGUUCUAAUGCAAGAUGAAUGUCCAGGAAGAUUUGGUCGUGAGUAACAGCAAUUCUCACAGCAUUUCUUCCCAAAACACACUGAAUUCGUCAGACUCCACCAACUUCAAGAUGCACUCCCCUGUCGUCCUCAACGGAGGCGCUGCAAAGAAGCAGGAGAGCCGUCAUUCCAGUAACACUGAGGUCCAGACUCAACCUGCCACAUCUCCUGAGCCGAAUGGAGCCGCUGCCGGGCACCCGCCUGGUGAAGAGCCCAAACCAGUCGCCCUGUCGACGGCACACUUGGCAACAACUCUGUCCCCGGCUGAUGAAGAAUGGAGCAGCAGCAGAGACAAGGGAGUCAGGCUGAGGAUGGAGGGCUCCGGCCCCGCCGCAGAGACGCCGAUCACCGUCCAUCAGAUGUUCCUGGAGACGCUGGAGGGCUACGGGGACAGUCCAGCCUUGGUUUCCAAAAAGGACGGCCAGUGGGUGACGCUGACAUGGAGCCAGUACUACCAGCAGUGUCGGGCGGCUGCUAAAAGUUUCCUCAAGUUGGGGCUGGAGCGGUACCAUGGUGUGGGAAUCCUGGGCUUCAACUCUCCUGAGUGGUUCAUCUCAGAUGUCGGCUGCAUUUUAGCUGGGGGCCUGGCCACCGGCAUUUACACCACCAACUCACCAGAGGCCUGUCAGUAUGUGGCCAUGAACUGUGAGGCCAACGUCCUGGUGGUGGAGAACAAGAAACAGCUGGACAAAAUCCUGCAGGUUAAAGAUCAGCUACCUCACCUGAAAGCCAUCGUCCAGUAUAAAGGCGAGCUGGAGCAGAAGACACCGUUCCUGUACACAUGGGCAGAGUUCAUGAAGCUGGGAGAGGACGUGCCCGAAGAACAGCUCAAUGCGGUGAUCGACAGCCUCCGGGCCAACGAGUGCUGCACUCUCAUCUACACAUCUGGAACCACUGGCAACCCCAAAGGAGUCAUGCUGAGCCAUGACAAUCUGACGUGGACAGCGAAGACAUCAGCUACGAUGGCUGAUAUUAGGAUUGGUGUAGAGGUGAUAGUCAGUUACCUCCCUCUCAGCCACGUGGCAGCUCAGGUAGUUGAUGUGUGGAUCAGUAUGAGGUUUGCCGGGACCAUCUACUUUGCAGAGCCAGAUGCUCUCAAGGGCUCCUUGGUAACCACGCUGAAAGAAGCUCGUCCCACCUGUUUCCUGGGGGUUCCUCGUGUGUGGGAGAAGAUGCAGGAGAAGAUGAAGGCUGCCGGCGCCAAAGGCUCCCCACUGAGGAAGAAGGUGGCGGACUGGGCCAAGUCUAUAGGCCUGCAGUACAACUACAGCGCCAUGAAUGGGGAGAACCAGGUGCCGUGGGGUUUCAUGCUCGCUAACAACCUGGUGUUCAAGAAGGUGCGCGCAGCGCUGGGCUUAGACAACUGCAGGGUCUGCUUCACGGGGGCGGCCCCCAUCACCAAGGACACCCUGGAGUACUUCAUGAGCCUGAACAUGCCGGUGAUGGAGCUGUACGGCAUGAGUGAAAGCUCCGGCCCACACACCAUCUCCAUUAACAGCGAUUACAGGAUCACGAGCUGUGGGAAGGUGAUGCCAGGCAGCAAAAUUAACCUGGACAAUCCAGAUGAGGAGGGAAACGGGGAGAUCUGUUUCUGGGGCCGGAACGUCUUCAUGGGCUACCUGAACACGCCCGACAAGACUCUAGAGGCCCUGGACCAGGACGGCUGGCUGCGCUCUGGAGACCUGGGAAGACUUGACCAGAACAACUUCCUGUACAUUACAGGGAGGAUUAAGGAACUGAUCAUCACGGCCGGAGGCGAGAACGUCCCUCCUGUGCCCAUCGAGGACGCGCUGAAGGCCGAGGUGCCCAUCAUCAGCGCCGCCAUGCUCAUCGGAGACAAGCUCAAGUUCCUGUCUAUGCUGCUCACUCUCAAAUGUGUCCUAGACGACAACGGCGAUCCCACAGACGAGCUGAGCCCUGAGGUUCUGGACUUCUGUCAGCAGCACGGCAUCACAUCAACCAAGGUGUCACAGAUCAUAGCCACCAAGGAGCCGGCGGUCUACAAGGCGAUUUCAGAGGGGGUGGAGCGCGUCAACGCCAGGGCCACGUCCAACGCUCAGAGGGUCCAGAAGUGGGUCAUUCUGGAGCGCGACUUCUCUGUCGGGGGCGGAGAGCUGGGACCCACCAUGAAGCUGAGGAGGCCCAUCGUCGUGAAGAUGUACCAGGAGCAAAUAAAUGACAUGUAUGCAGUGACGUCAGAGAAGUGAGCCGGGCCGCAGGCGAGGCGCUGACCUGUCACCUGGAUGUCAGAGGGUGGUAAUUAUUGGAGGAAAGUCUGAUUGUGAUUUAAUGAAAGUGAAGCUUGUGCUGCUACUGUUUUGUUUUCCAGCAGCUGUAGCGCUUUGUUCAAUGUACACGCGUUUUCAGUAUGUGCACUUUUUGUAAAUAUCUAAAUCAGAGCCAUUUACUGUUCAAACAUCAAACUGCCUUGUUUUAUUAUUGUAUUUAAGCAACAGUACAUAUUUAAUGUUUUGCGCUAAUUGCCAGUUUCUAGUGUCAUUUAGUGAAUUGCAGAUGGUGCCUCUAUAGAUUAGAGGUGAUGUUGGUUAAAUGUGAUGACAAAUGUAAAAACGUUCCUUCUAUCAGCAUUGUAAAUUGUAAAGGACCUGAGUUUGUGUGUCAUGUACAGUGACAAAGAAUAAAAUGUUUAUUUUGUGAUAUUCAACUACUGUCAAUAAAAAGUGAUUUAGACAAAG